AUGCCUUGCACAAAUUGUAUGGUCAAGUAUUCGCUGAUUAAGAGAGAGGCAAGCACACCAGUCUGAUCUCUAAUCUCAAUUUCAGCAUGGCUGUCCCAAUUGUGGGUUCGGCUUUUGUGCCAGGUGCAUCAAUAAGAAAGCUGUGGUCAAAAGAAUUAGUGAUAAACCCCUGGCUGUCUGUGAUAAAUGCUUCGAGAAGAUUAAAGGAAAUGUAGGCGGCUUUGAUCAUGUUAUUCAGUAUUUAGCUAGAGACAAAAGAAGAAGUUGUUGAUUUCAAAGAACGACCACCAGCAUCCUUCAAAGAUGUAUACGAUCAAAAAGGACAGAAAAAAAGUGUUGAAAAGGCUACAAAUUCGAAGGUUGAAGAUCAAGAUCUAAUAGAAAGGCUGGCAAAAUUAAAGAAUAAAAGUGUAGAUGAAAUUCAAAAUCCGAUGAAGAUGGUUAUAGACCCCGAAGAGAAGGAUAAUAACCCCUUAAUUGGACGGGAAAAGACGAAGAAAGAAACGCCUGAAGACUUACUUCAAAAGGCUUUAGACGAUCCGUCGGUGAAGAAUAAAGAAUUUGAUAGUAAGUACAAUAUAACAAGUAUUAUUUGGUUUUGUUUUUAGAACAACAACACGAAUACGAAGUAACUAAACUCGAGGAGAGACUGGCCAAUCUAAGAAACGUGCCCGUGGAAGAAAUUAGAAAACCAAGAACGGUGAGAGAAUUUUGAUUUAUGUUAUCCAUGGAUUUUAGAUUGUCUUCAAUGAUAUCGAUCUCUCGGAAUCGGAGACCGAAUUAACAGACGACGCCAAGGAAUUAAUAGCGAUGGCCGAGAAAUCUCUACGGAAGAAAGAGCCCGAUCUUUUCGCAUACGAAAACGAAGCUUUAGAUUCAGAUAUCGAGGACCCAACGGACUUCAAAAAAUAG